AUGGGAAAUCCUCCUUUGGCUAUCGGAGGCGCCACCAUCGACAACGACCUUGUCUCAUCGUCCCACGGGGAUCUCGUCUCCCAAGUGGCACUCUUUGAAAAGGCGUAUGCCAAUAAGCCCGAUCCAGCGCCUUGGACGGCUGAGAGUGCUGUUUUCGGGUUCUGGAUUGGAAUUAACGAAUCUAUGGUGGCGGGGUUCGAGAUGAAUCAUACCGACGUCUCCGUCGUUUACUAUGACUCGUGGGCGUUCAUGACCAAAGUGUUGGAUCGGCCUUUGGAUUACGGAUUCCCGGAUGCGACGUGCAUCAAUCAGGACGGGAGUUCCUGUUUCUGGUGGAAUGAUUAUCAUCCGUCGUCCAAGUAUCAUCGGUUGCAGGCGGAGGAUAUGAAGUCGGUGUUGAUGCGGCCGGGGUGGUAA